AUGGAUCUCCCAGACCUCAACUUCACUCCACCUGCAGAAGAUGUGGAUGAAAUGGAUGAAAAUGCAGAAAAUGAAAUGGAAGGACAUGUAGGAGAUGAUAUGGAAGGAGAUGCCGGAGAGGGAAUGGAAGGAGAUGAAAUUGUUCAAAAUCCAGGUGCUGGGCAAGUUGGUAGAAAAAAUAAAACCCUCAAUGACCAGCAAAAAUUUGCUGCUUAUGUAGCAUUGCAUACACUGUGUAUGAGUAGAGGAGGCACUUUUAAGAAAACUGAUACGCAAGAUAUUGCAAAUUUUUUUGGAGUGGGUGUUUGGAAUAUACAAAGAAUUUGGAGGAAAGCAAUGUUGCAAAUUCAACAAGGUCAAGAGGUAGAUGUUGCCGAUCAGAGAAAAGGAAAUUCUGGAAGAAAGCCUAAGGACAUUAACCUAGAAAAAAUCCUAACAAUCCCAUUAAACAGGAGGUCUACUAUUAGAUCACUAGCCUGGCAACUGGGAUGUAGCCCUACUACACUUCAUAGAAAGUUCAUGCUAAAUUUGAUUAGGAGGCAUACAAAUUGUGUGAAGCCGGCUUUAAAGGAAAAGAAUAAGAUGGAUAGGAUGAAUUUUUGUUUGUCGAUGCUUGAUGAGGCAACAACAGCAACUGCGAGGCCUAAGUUCAAGACUAUGCAUAACGUUGUCCAUAUUGACGAGAAGUGGUUUAACAUGACAAAGAAGAAUAGAACAUAUUAUCUGCUGGAUGGGGAGGAAGAGCCUACGAGGCCUAUACACGGCAACUGUAUUGGCAAGGUGAUGUUUUUAACGGCCGUUGCUAGGCCAAGGUGGGACAGCGAAGGAAACGUGACCUUCUCUGGGAAAAUCGGUAUCUGGCCAUUUGUGAAAGAAGUUCCUGCUCAGAGGAGAAGCGACAACAGGCCCAAAGGUACAAUAGAGACAAAGUCAAUAAAGGUCGACAGAAAAGUGAUGAGGGAGUUCCUGAUAGAGAAAGUCUUGCCAGCGAUACAAGCAGUUUGGCCGGGGGGGGAGGAGGCGGCGAUGGCCGCCGUGACCCGGCGCCUGCGAGGGUGGAUGGACCGGAUCCAGGCCUUCGCCCAGGGCGAGGUGGAGGCGAUGCAGGAGCUGGAGCGCGCCGUGUUU